AGGGCGUUGGUUUAGUCCCUCUGCCUCCUCUGAGUGCUCUAUCGCUCUCUCCCUCUCUUUCACACGCGCUGCCUCGCUCUCUCCUUCCUUUUCUCUUCACUUCCGCCCUUGAACUGGGGGGAAAACCUGCAUCAGUAGGGACCGAGAAACAGAGAACUCGGCAUUUGCUCUAUAACGCGGCUUUUUUGUGACAUCUCGCUGGACCCAAUGAAUGGACCGUACUGGCCCUAAGAGGAGAUGACCUUUGAUCCCCUGUAGGACCGACCUGAAACCCAACCAUGGCUAUGGACAGCUUCAAUGAACUGCUCCAUAAGCUGAAGGUCCUUCACGAAAGGGAGCUUGAAGGAUGGCAAGAAAAAGUCCUGGAGCUGACAAAUCAGAAGUGCUGCAGUGAUACAAAACGUAUGGAAGAGCUGUUCAACAAGAACCAACAGCUACGAGAGCAACAGAGGACAUUAACUGAAAACAUCAAACAAUUGGAGAACAGGUUGCGUGCAGGUCUGUGCGACCGGUGCACGGUCACUCAGGACGUGGCCAAGCGGAAGCAGCAGGAGUACGAGAGCUCGCAGAUCCAGAGUCUCCAGCACAUCUCUGUCCUGGUGAGCGAGAUGAAUGCCCUGAAGAAGGAGAACAAGAGGCUGCAGGAGGAGGUCAAGAGCUUGCGAGGAAUCAUUGAAGGUCAGAACGGUCACAGCUCCCAGGUGUCAACUCCGGAGUCGGGCACCCCUCCCAUCCCUGCCGGGGAAGCAACGAAAAACUGCGCGCAGACUCAAAGUGGGCAGAUUCCAACGCUGGCUGCAGUGAAGGCCGAUCCAGACCCCGUCCCUUUCCUCAGUGCUGAAGAGAAGCCGCAAGAAUGUAGAAAGCCACCAGCAUGGACCGGACAGGAGCCAUACGUUUCCAACAAACUGCAAGCAAAAUGUCCUCCUGUCUCCCCAGGACAGAGGGCUGACAUUACAGCCCCCAGAGGUUCCUCAGGAGUGAAGAGAACUCGCAGCAUGGAGGCUAUGGAACAGUACCACCCGCACAACUCCCCCAUCUCCCCGUUGCUCCUUCUCAAGGGCUUCCACGUCCCCGUCUCUUCCUCCCCUUCUUCAUCCUCGUCCCCUGCUUCCCCUUGGGAUGAGAAGAUCGGCACUCACCUCAUUCAGAGUCCAGUGAUUUACCGGCCGCGGCCCAUCAAAACCACCCGCCUUUCGCUGCCCUAUCCCAUCAUCGAUCACCAGGAGUGGGCAGCCUUGGCGAACUAUGAGAGGAAGCGGCUAGGAAAGGAGCAGUUCCCCGGCGAGGGCUUGGACGGCCACCCUGGGAACUGGGGCAGAAAGCGCAGCCCCGAGCCACUCCUCAGUGCCGUUCAGCCCCUGGGACAGGUACUGCCCCCGGGAGACACACGGUGGAAAGAGAGGACCAAGGAGAAAGAGGCAGCACCGCUUCUGCUGAAAUGCGGCAGCAGGACAACGGACAAGCGCUCGGAGAAAAACUCGACUGACGCUGCAGGGGAGGCCCCUCUUGAUUUGUCCGACCCGCGGCGGUCCCAGCCCAGCGAGCAGCCGAAGGUUCGCAAGCCCACCCCUUCCCUGCCGGAAGAAGACCCCGAGGGAGCAGGGGGGUCCGACAAGGUGUCCGCGAUAAAGGCUCCGCCUCAGGCUCAGACGUUACCUCCGUCAUGUGGUUCGGCCUUAUCUUCACCCAGCGCCGCCCCCGCCCAGGCGUUCCCGCCCACCAGCCCCUCGCAGGGGCCACUCCCUCAUUCUGGCAGAAAAGACCAUCAGAAGCAGGAGCAGGAGGAAGAGUCGAAUGGAGGAAAAGAGGAGAAGAAUUCACAGCUCUCACCAAAGGAGGAACAGAAAAAAGUCCCUGUCCUUACCAUAUCUCUCCGUCCAGUUGUAGUGUUGGAGACAAUGAAAGAAGGGAUUGAAACGCAGGAAUCGUCCGAUCAAGAAAUGCCAGCGGCUCUACGUCCAGAAAGCAGAGUUGAUGGCACACUGGAUGAGGACUGCUCCUCCCCCGAUAGAGGCCAAAAUGGGCGGAGGACACGGAGAGGACCUGCCUUUGGAAGGGAUGUCCUGCUUCGGCGAUCCCCCAAAGACCGGAGAGGGAAGCUGACCUUGUCUCAGGGAGACAUGGAGAGCUGAACAACUCCUCAGGUGAGCCAGGGGAGACCUCAAACUAUGAAGAAGUAGUAAUUCUUCAGGAACUACCUGGUCUGUCCCAGUACGCAGUACAUGCUCUGCUGAACUACACACACAAUGUCUAAAACCACUUGUCCCGAACGGGGUGGCGAUGAACUGGAGCCUAACC